CUCUCUCUCUCUCUCUCUCUCAGAGCGUCCACUUACCAUGGGAAAGCCGAAGCAUUACAGGCCCCCUGGUAAGAAAAAGGAAGGAAACGCCGCUAGGUACGUCACCAGGUCGCAGGCUGUCAAGCUUCUUCAAGUCAGUCUUCCCGUUUUCAGGAAGUUAUGCAUUCUUAAGGGUAUCUUCCCGCGGGAGCCGAAGAAAAAGGUUAAAGGAAACCACCACACUUAUUAUCACUUGAAGGAUAUUGCCUUUCUUCAGCAUGAGCCCUUGCUUGAGACGUUUAGAGAUUUAAGGGCUUAUGAGAAGAAGAUAAAGAAAGCCAAGGCAAAGAAGAAUGAGAAACGUGCAAAGCAGCUAGAAGUACGUAGACCCAAUUACAAACUUGAUAGACUUAUUAGAGAGAGGUAUCCAAAAUUUGUCGAUGCGCUCAGAGAUUUGGACGACUGUCUUACAAUGGUACACCUGUUUGCUGCUUUACCUGCAUUAGAGAGGGAAAAAGUUGAAGUAAAGCGUGUCCAUAACUGUCGAAGGUUGAGCCAUGAAUGGCUGGCAUAUAUUUCUCGGACUCACAAGUUGCGUAAGGUCUUUGUAUCUGUUAAAGGCAUAUAUUAUCAGGCAGAAGUACAAGGGCAAAAGAUUACAUGGUUAACCCCUCAUGCCAUGCAGCAAGUGUUAACUGAUGACAUUGAUUUCAAUGUCAUGCUAACAUAUUUAGAAUUCAAUGAGACGCUUCUUGCCUUUGUGAAUUGUCAUCUAUAUAAUUCCAUAAAUGUGAGAUAUCCACCAAUUCUUGAUCCUCAGUUGGAAGCUUUGGCAGCAGAUCUUUAUGCAUUAUCAAGGUGGUUUGCUGCUGGCUCCAGAGCUUCCAAGUUAGAUCCUCAGCCUUCUAGUUUGUCUGGAUCUGAAGAGGGUCAGGGGACUGCACUUAAAGAGUCUGAAUUAAGACUAGCCCAACUUCAGCAUCAACUCCCUUCCAAUGAACCCGGUGCGUUAAUGCACCUUGUGGAAGAUGUUGCUGGUGAUGAGGAAGAAGAGGAUGAAGAUACAAGGGAAUGCAAGAAACUCUUCAGAAAUAUGAAAUUCUUCUUGAGCCGUGAGGUUCCUCGAGAGUCAUUGCUGUUUGUUAUUCAUGCUUUUGGUGGCACGGUGUCCUGGGAAGGAGAGGGAGCUCCAUUCGAUGAAAACGAUGAUGGUAUUACUUAUCAGAUUGUCGACAGGCCAACACAGACUCACAGAAUCCUUUCUAGAGAAUAUGUUCAACCACAGUGGAUAUGUGACUGUGUAAAUGCAAGGAUCAUUUUGCCCACUGAAGGUUAUUUGGUUGGCAGGGUUCCACCAUCGCACUUGUCGCCUUUUGUUGACAAUGAUGCAGUAGGUUACGUCCCAGACUAUGCCGAGACCAUUAAACGCUUGCAGGCUGCGGCCAAAAAUCAAGUCCUUCCAUUCCCAGGCGUCGGCGAAGAAGAUAUAGAAGAUCCACAGAGUUUACUGGCAGAAGGUGUUAUUGAUAGAGCAGAGGCUAAUAAAGCUGCUGAGAGAAAGCAAAAGAUAAUGACCCUUGAGAAGCAGUAUCAUGAUGAACUAAAGAUGGAACUUCAGGGUGUCUCAUAUUCAUCGUCGACAUCGAAGCAGGUUUCUGUUGAGGAAACGGAAGUUAGGGAGGAAUCUCUUCCUGACGCUGAACAAAUUGCUCAGGAUACCGCAAACAUGUCGAAAGUUGUUAUGUCCCGUAAAAAGAGACGGCUUUAUGAAGCUAUUGAGAUUGGCAAACAACGAAAGCGGGACGAGAUCAAUCUUCUUAAAGAACGGAAGAAAAAUAAUAGAGUCUCUCAGAAAUCAUAGAGUUGAAGUGGUUCGCAAAUUUUGGGCUUUUAUAUAUUUACAUGUCGACUUCUGUAAUAUUAGAAGAAGAAAAAACAAGUCUUGUCGUUGGUGGACACUAUUGCUGCUUUAUUUUGAAAUUAAAAUUAUUCUUGGCGAUUACAUUUAUGUACGUGCCUGAAGUGCUUUCUUUCAUUAGAGGCUAGAUUAAGGUGCUUUUGCACCCUCGUAUUUUGAACUUUGGCAUUCAUAUGAGGUAGCCAUGCUCAUUUGGAUAAUGCUCUAACAACUCAAUUGGAAGACAUUGUUGACGAAAAAGUACUGGGGUGAGUGUGAAUUUUGAGUUGAGAUGGUAUUUUGAAUACAUUAUUAUGAACAAUCUAUUUACUCUUUAAA